ACGCACACAAACACCCAACCGUCGUUUCGUCGAAAUCGCAUGUGGUUGUGCAGAGCUAAUGAAUUGUAGCUAGUUCAGUGUCAAGAUCGAUUGAAAAAUGUAAAUAGUGACUUAGGCAGAAUCAAGCCGGAUGGAAAAGGAUUUUCCCUAAUCAAAGUGCCUCCAGACGAAAUUCACCGAGUUUAUACAACAAAAUGUCGAAUACAAAACCGUGCAUAUUUUGCGAUAUUGUCGCUGGCAAAAGCCCCGAUACUGUCAUUGAAUUUUCCAACGAACAUAUUAUUAUUUUCAACGAUAUUCGACCAGCUUCUGAUUACCAUUAUUUGGCCGUUCCCAAAAAUCACAUGCAAAAUGUGCGUGAAUGCACUCUCGACGAUAAGGAUUUGAUUAUUGAAAUGCAGAAUGAGCUACGUAAUCUUCUGAGUGUAAAAAAUGUGAAUCUUGACGAUGUUUCGUAUGGAUUUCAUUGGCCACCAUUUACCAGCAUUGAUCAUUUGCAUAUGCACGCGAUUGCACCAGUUUCGAAAAUGGGCUUCGUGCAACGACUCGUAUUCAAGCCAAUAAAUAUGUGGUAUUGCACGCCGGAAUACGUGUUAUCGAAACUGAAACCAGCCACUCAUACAUAGAAUGUGUUCCAAUAAUCUUGAUAUUUUUUCUAGACUUUAGAACGGCUUUGUAGCUUGUUUUUUCUUAAUGAAAUUUCGCUUUAAAAUUUAUUUAAAAUUGUUAAUUAAUCGUAGGGGAAUAAAGAGAUGGGCUUGACAAAAAAUAACAAGUAAUAAAUUAAAACUAGAAUCAAAUAA